AUGCGAGACCUGCUUCCCCCCAUCCCCCUCCCUGCGUCCCCCCAUCCUCUUCACUCUCUCCCCUUAUCCCAAGCCCGGCUUCCCCCCAUCCGCAUUUCUGCUUCCCCCCCUCCCCUUCCCUGCUUCCCCAUGUCCCCUUCCCUGCUUCCCCCCAUCCUCUUACGCGCGUCCCCCCUUCCCCUUCCCUGCUUCCCCAUGUCCCCUUCCCUACUUCCCUCUUACUUGCUUUCCCAUGUCCCCUUCCCUGCUUCCCCCCAUCCUCUUACUUGCUUCCCCAUGUCCGGUUACCUGCUUCCCCCCCUCCCGUUCCCUUCUUCCCCAUGUCCCCUCACAUGCUUCCCCAUGUCCCCUUCCCUGCGGUCUCCUCGCCCGCCACCCCACUUUGCUCUCCCGUCUGUUGCCACUUCUGCCAGUGCGCUCCUCGCUCUUCCUGCUGCCCAUUUAUUCCCGCCCCGCUACUUACCCUCACCCCGCUGCAUUCAGGACAGAGUCUAUUCCCCCUCUGCUUCCCCCCUUCCCCUCCACAGUCUAGUGCACAUGCACCUGCGCCUCACGUUUCCCCCACUCUCUUGUACCUCUCACAUCCACCUCACGUUUCCCCUCCUCUCUUCUUUCAUUCGCGUGCGCCUCGCGUUCCCCCCCCUCUCUGCUUCCCCUCGCAUGAGCCUCACCUUUCCCCUCCUCUUUUCUUACUCUCGCACGCGCCUCACGUUUCCGCUCAACAUCUCUCCCCCUCUCAUGCGCCUCACAUUUCCCCUCCUCUCUCCCUCCUCUCUCAUGCGCCUGACGUUUCCCCUCCUCUCUUCAUCCUCUCUCAUACGCAUGACGUUUCCCCCCCUCUCCCCUUCCUCAGGCAUGCGCCUCACAUUUCCCCUUCUCUCUUCUUCCUCUCUCAUGCGUCUGACGUUUCCCCUCCUCUCCUUUUCCUCUCACAUGCGCCUCCCGGUUACUCGUCCUCUCGUCCUCCUCUUUACUGCGCCUCACGUUUCCCCUCCUCUCUUCCUCCUCUUUCAUGCGCCUGACGUUUCCCCUCCUCUCUUCUUCCUCUCGCAUGCACCUCUCGUUUCCCCUCCUCUCUUCUUCCUCUCGCAUGUGCCUCACUUUUCAAACCCUGUCUUCUUCCUGAAGGGGAUGGGGGGAAGCAGGGAGGGGGAUGGGGGGAAGCAGUACAAGGGAUGGGGGGAAGCAGGGAAGAGGAUGGGGGGACGCGGAGGGAAGGGGAUGGGGGGAGCAUGGGAAGGGGAUGGGGGGAAGCAGGGCACGGGAUGGGGGGAAGCAGGGAGGGGGAUGGGGGGAAGCAGGGAGGGGGAUGGGGGGAAGCAGGCGUGA